GGCUUGAAACGAAGUUGCCAUAAAUAGCCGCACGCGGGGAGGGCCAAGUUAGUUCCACGGAGGCUUCUGAGGAGAACCGUCGUCAUGCAGAACUGCACAUUCUUAAUCUUCGCGGCCGUCGUGGCCCUGGCUCUGGCAGAGGGCCAGUUUUACGUACCCCGUUCGUACUAUAUCAUCGACGCUGAGGGCCACGAGUCCGCACCGGUGCCACUGCGGCGCCUGCGCCGGUCGCUGCAGCCUUACCCGUACGCCUCGGGCGUGCCCCAGUGGGGAUCAGGGGCCAGUGCCAACGCUAACGCCAAUGCUAACGCGCAAGCUAAUGGCUGGAGCGGUGCGGACGCGCAUGCUAAUGCCAAUGCAAAUGCUCAAGCUGGUGGUCAACCCAGCUGGGGGGGCUGGGGCGCCCCCUCCGGCUCCUAUGGCGCCACCAACCCUGCCCUGAGCGCGGGCCAGACUCGGCGUCUAUCGGGUCCUGUCACAGGAGCUCACUCAGUUCAGGCCAGCUCGUCCGUGGGUCUAGACUCCUCAGGCCAGGGGUAUUACGACCAAUAUACUUCUGUCUCUAACUAAUUUAAUUUCCCACUUUUAAAAUAAGAUCGCAAAUAUUUUUUCAGUAUCUUCUACACACUUUAUAAUUUAAAAUAUAUAUAAUAAAAAUAAUGCAGCGGUCUUAUCCACUAAAUACAUGAGUACUUACAAAAAUAUUUAGUACAUUAAUAAUUGAGUAUUUUACCAAGGAAUUAAAAAAAAAGUUGUUUCUGAGUUAUUCAUAAAUAGUUAUAUUAAUAUA